GCCAUUUCGCGUCAAGAUCGUCAAUAAAGUGCAUUUUUAGGACUGUUUGGGAAGUCAGCGUCUAAACCUGGCGGGUCAUGCCAGGACCGAUUUUUGGCGCCAAGACUCGAAGCAAUUCAAAAACCCCGCGAAAAAGGGCACGCGCCAAAAACGGGAAUAAUGUCAAGAUCUGUCCAAUGAACGAGCUCCAUAGUCCAAUUUCCAUCCAAUCCUCGUCGAGAUUUCACUCGUCCUCACCUUCACCACCCACCGAGUACCAAUCAGUCUUCAAUCCUCCACCUCCAGAGCACGUUACCGACCAGCUCAAUCGCAACGAUGUACGUCGUCAAGCGCGACGGUCGUCGCGAGGACGUCAAGUUCGACAAGAUUACGGCUCGCAUCACCAAGCUCUGCUACGGACUCAACCCGGACUACGUCGAUGCCAUCAAGAUCUCGCAGAAGGUCGUGGCUGGAGUGUACCCCGGCGUAACCACAUCCGAAUUGGACGAACUCGCCGCCGAGACCGCCGCGUACCAGAGUACACAGCACCCGGACUUUUCCAAACUGGCAGCACGUAUCGCCGUGUCCAACUUGCACAAGAACACGAACAAAGUGUUUAGUGACAACAUCGAGGUGUUCCACAAGAACGCCCACGAGAAGACGGGGGCAGCUGCGCCGCUUAUUGCUGAUGACGUAUACGAAAUUGUGAUGCAACACAAAGACGAGCUCAACUCGGCCAUCAUCCACGACCGCGACUUCGAGUACGACUAUUUUGGCUUCAAGACGCUCGAACGCGGCUACCUUUUCCGCGUGAAUGGCAAGGUCGUGGAGCGUCCGCAGCAAAUGAUCCUACGUGUGGCCCUGGGCAUCCACAAGAGCGACAUCACGUCCGCACUCGAAACGUACGAACUCAUGUCGCAAAAGUUCUUCACGCACGCCACCCCUACUCUCUUCAAUGCGGGCACGCCACGUCCCCAGCUGUCUUCUUGUUUCCUCUUGGCUAUGCAGGAUGACUCGAUCGAGGGCAUCUACGACACUCUAAAGCAAUGCGCCUGUAUCUCGAAAUGGGCGGGCGGCAUCGGUAUCAGUAUGCACAACAUCCGCGCCACUAACAGCUACAUCCGUGGCACGAACGGCUCGUCCAAUGGCAUUAUCCCCAUGCUGCGUGUGUUUAACGACACAGCGCGCUAUGUGGACCAGGGCGGAGGGAAGCGCAAGGGCUCCUUCGCCAUCUACUUGGAGCCUUGGCACGCCGACGUGUUUGAGUUCCUGGAUCUGCGUAAGAACCACGGCAACGAACUCCACCGCGCCCGCGACUUGUUCUACGCGCUCUGGGUGCCUGAUCUCUUCAUGAAGCGCGUAGAGGCCAACGGCAAGUGGAGUCUCUUCUGUCCUAACGAAGCCCCGGGCCUCUACGAGUGCUGGGGCGACGAGUUCGAAACUCUGUACGAAAAGUACGAGACAGAAGGACGUGCGCGUAAGACCAUCAACGCGCAGCAGCUGUGGUUCGCCAUCUUGGACGCUCAGAUCGAGACUGGCGUACCUUUUAUGCUGUACAAGGACGCAGCCAACCGCAAGUCGAACCAACAGAACUUGGGGACCAUUCGCUCCAGCAACUUAUGCUGCGAAGUGAUGGAGUAUACAUCGCCUGAUGAGGUGGCGGUGUGCAACUUAGCGUCCGUCGCGCUCCCUAAGUUCGUGGAGGACGCCGUGUUCGACUACCGCAAGUUGUACGAAGUGGUCAAGGUGAUUACGCGCAACCUCAACAAGGUCAUAGACGUCAACUAUUAUCCCGUAGCAGAGGCUCGCAAGUCCAACAUGCGGCAUCGUCCUAUUGGCAUUGGCGUUCAAGGUCUGGCUGACGCCUUCAUCUUGAUGAACUACCCGUUCGAGAGCCCGCAAGCUCAAGAAUUGAACAAGAACAUCUUCGAGACCAUCUACUUUGCUGCCAUGGAGACGUCCAUGGAGAUUGCCGUGGAGUUGGGACCUUACGAGACGUUCCAGGGCUCGCCAGCCAGCAAGGGGAUCUUCCAGUUCGAUAUGUGGGGUGUCACACCUCAAUCUGGGCUUUGGAAUUGGGCCGCACUGAAAGAUGACGUAAUCAAACAUGGUCUUCGCAACUCGCUGCUGGUUGCCCCCAUGCCCACAGCCUCCACGGCCCAAAUCCUGGGCAACAACGAGUCUAUCGAGCCGUACACGUCCAACAUGUACAACCGUCGCGUGCUGGCUGGCGAGUUCACCAUCGUCAACAAGCACCUGAUGAAGGAACUAAUCGAGCUCGGAAUCUGGACGCCGGAAGUACGCAAUCAGAUUCUGAAUGAUGGUGGCUCAGUCCAAAAGAUCAAGACCAUUCCGGAAGACGUUAAGGAGAAGUACAAAACGGUGUGGGAGAUCAAACAGAAGGCUGUUCUGGACUUGUCAGCGGACCGAGGCGCGUAUAUCUGCCAGAGUCAGUCGCUGAACAUCCACAUCGCUGACCCGACUAUCAGUAAGCUCACGUCCAUGCACUUUUACGCCUGGAAGAAGGGACUCAAGACCGGCAUGUACUACAUGCGUGGACGUCCGAAAGCCGAUGCCAUCCAGUUCACCGUGGAUAAACAGGGUAUCGACUUGCAGCGUGCUAAGGAGGAGGCAACCAAGACUGCUCCGACCCCCGCUGCGGAGACGGUGACCCGGGCAGGUGAUGAUGAGGACGAGUGUCUGGUGUGCGGAGCAUAAGGGUGUGCUGUUUGGUGAUUCCAGAUUAGAUAUUCAUUUCGUAGGACGUAUUACAGAAUUCAAAGCUGCUUGGCAAGAUCGCUCUUUUUCGAAAAGCUUCGAAAAGUCUUAGCUACUAUACUACAUAUUCGUUGACCGAUAGUUUUGCAGAUCUGGUGACUUUCCUUAAACUAAAAAUUGGUCGACAUUUAA